UUCAGAUGGCUAGCAAAGAUAAUGUUAAAGCACUGGUAGAAAUAACCGGUCUCAAAGAGGACCAAGCUACCAACCUUCUCACGGCGUACAAUGGUAACCUGGAAGGUGCAAUCAACGCUUUCUACGAGAACCCCGAGGGUAUUCUCAACCCGGAACCGGCGGUCGUGAUCGAUGACGAUGAUAGCGGUUCUGGGCCAUCUUCUGCACCAUCGAGCCGUGUGAUAGCAAACGACGACGAUAAUGUGCGUGCUCCGAUACCUCGCAAGACGGAGAUUUUGCUUCCGCAAAUCGAAGUGAACCGUGCCCGGAUCGGAAAGCGCAGGGCAGCCGUCAUUACCGAAGUCCCGUUUCGUAACUUUGAGCUCGAAGGGCGCAUUCAGGAGCAGAUGCUGAUGCAGCAGGGUCAAGGACCAUCGGCAAAGAAAGUGACCCGACUUGAGGCGCUCUUUAUGCCACCGUUCGAUAUUCUGUUUUCCGGUGGAUUUGAUCAAGCACAGCGACACGGCAAUUCGGUCGAUCGAUGGUUGUUAGUUAACUUGCAGGACGAUCUUAAUUUUUGCUGUCAAACGUUAAACCGCGAUCUAUGGUCGGACAUGGAGCUAAAAGCAUUCAUGCGCCGUCAUCUGGUGUUUUGGCAGCAGUCGAACAAAACCACAGACGGAGCAAAGUUUAAAACGUUCUACAAAGUUCGCUCUGAGCCGUACAUUGGCAUGAUCGAUCCCCGGACCGGUGAGGAGGUGCGGAAUCUGUCCGGCAACGAUCUAAAGCCGGCUCGAUUUCUCGAAACGCUCAAAAAGUUUUUGGUGGAAAGCAAAUCUCCGCACGGCAAGGAGAUUAACUUAAGCAAAGGCUAUCAACUAGGCAUGGGCCCUUCUACGUCUUCGAACGGUGGGUCGAAAAGUGCAGCCCAAUAUAGCGCCGGAAGUAGCGGUCAAAGCAGUAGUUCCAAACCACAGCCGUCCAGUACAGCUGGAACUAGCAAAAACCGGUGGCUUACGGUAGUCGAUGAUGAAGAGGAUGAAUUUCAGGAAAUUACGGACAGUGAAAGUGACAGUGAGGAAAACGAUCGGCCUCGGGCGACGGUUGGAAGUGGUACAGCAAGUAGCAAUAAUAACAGCAACAAUAGGAAUGUGGCGGAUGUCCCAAAACUGGCUACGUCGGCACCUGGUUCACCAGCGAAACAAAAAGAAACGACCACAGAGAAAGGCAAAAGCACACAUGCUUCUUCCAAGCAGCAAGGAGAACCAGCACAACAUCCCUGGGAAAUUGAAGGGGAAACUGAGGAUGGCUUUAGCAGGAGUUCCGAGAACGAUGAAAAACCAUCCACAGUGCUCAGUUCCGAUUCGGAGUCCAGCUUAACGCCGGAUCAAAAAACGCGCAUUCUGCUUAAAAUGCCGGCUAAUGUAACGGAAAGACUGUUCUUCCGGAGCUCGCGGACCCUGGAGCAAGCAACAGCAAAAUUGCGACAGAAGUACGAAAAGCAUUGCCAUCAAAGUGAUGCAGCCGUCGCAGAUGUGCGAUUCUUCUGUCAGGCUAUCAAAUCAGAUCUGUCCGCACUCGAUUCCUCCAAAACGUUGCUGGAGUUGAAAAUUCACCCGAACGCUGUGAUUCACGUCAUGACGGACGAUUAG